CUGCAGUACAAAACAUCAUGCAAUUCAACAGUUACUACGGCUGCGGAUGGUGCUUUCAUAGUGGAGAAGCAGUGGAUGGUGUUGUCAAAUACACAACCACUGCUGAUCCAGCAGAUGACAGGACUGCUGCUGACAUGAUUGCAGACAUGACCGAGGCAGCAUCUCAGGGUACGCCUGUACGUGGUGUCAAAGGCCCUUCUCCUGUACUGAACCUCCCAGGGUUUGAUAUUGUCUGGAGUUUCACUCCGGACUAUAUGCAUUGUGUGCUGCUGGGAGUGGCACGGCAGAUGACAGAGUUGUGGCUCACCAGCACUGGAACGAACUACUAUAUUGGGUCUCCUUGUGACUUAACGACCGUGGAUGACAGACUAUGCAGCAUCAAGCCCCCACUGCUGUUUUCUAGACUCCCAAGGUCACUAAAGGCAAGGAAGCACUGGAAGGCAGCAGAAUGGGAGCAUUGGCUCCUCUGCUAUAGUCUGCCGUGCCUGCGUGGUGUAUUGUCAAACGAACACUUCAAGCAUUUUGGGCUUUUAGUACACGGCGUGCACCUCCUUCUCAAGAAAGAAGUAUCCAAAACAGACAUUGAUGAAAGCACAGAAAAACUCACGGAGUUUGUUUUACACACCGAGGUGCUGUAUGGCAAGGGCCAGAUGUCUUCAAACGUACACACGCUAUUGCAUCUCCCUAAGGCUGCUGUCCUGCUGGGACCCUUGUGGACACAUUCCUGCUUUGUGUUUGAAAAUAAUAUGGGCAAGCUCCUGAAGCACGUAAAGUCGUAUAAGGGUGUCCCUUUACAAAUUUUAUCAAGAGUGCUAUUGCAGAGCAAUCUUCAAGUCCUACAGGGGAGAGCUGCUCCAGAUGCUGGAGGUGUCUUUCGACAAGAGCGUGCCAAUGUUUCAAAUGCUCCUGUGGCCCUGGGAACUGGCCACCCUCCAUCUGAUGCUGUAAGGUCGCUUGUUCAAAGGCUCCUACCACAUUGCGAGGAUGUCGUAGAAUAUGUUCGAGUGUUCAUUGGCAAGGUCACCCUCCAUAGUACAAAGUACACUGUUCCCACGAAAACUGACUCAACGGUAUUUGAGCAGGAUGGAGUGUACGCGAGAAUUGAGAAUGUAAUUUCAGUUACUGCCAGUGAGGGUGGUAGCAAAGUCUAUGUCAUCAUGGAGGAGUAUGCUGUUGAUAGGUUUCCAUGUGUGACCCACAUAAAAUAUUGCAGAAGGCUACCUGAACGCAAGCUUCUAGAACUGACCAGUCGUGCAAAGCCUUGUAUGUACAUGAGUACCAAUCAAGGCUCACUGAUUGUGGAUUUAUGUGUUAGAUGA